AUCGAUCGUCGUCUUCGGAGUCUUCUUGCCCAAUUUCGGGUAAGGAUUCCUCUAAUUUGAUUCGUUCUACGAAUUUGCGAUGUGAUAAAAAAGCUCAGCGAAGCGUAGAAAAUUUAUUUGAGGCAAGAGGACCGGCUAUCUUGCAAGACCGAAGCAAACCAAAUCUAACCGGAAGACGGAACAAUAAGAUUCACGAGGGGAUAAAAAAGUCGACGACUGCUCACCGAAGACUUCAAGUACAGCAACGAAUCAUUGAGGACAGAUCAUUUACACUCGGACCUGCCCCACGAGCGGCCACAACAUUCUCAUAUAGUCCACAAGUGGCGGGGACUAUUCCGUUUAAAUUCAAUAAUCACGAAUUAGGGCUACAGAAACGAAUCAUCGAGAACAGAUCAUUUACACUCGGACCUGCCCCACGAGCGGCCACAACAUUCUCAUAUAGUCCACAA